GGCUCGCGCAGCCGCAUGACGACACGGUCCGGCCCCCGCCACGUGACGGCCGCGCGCCGGACUCCGGCUGGUGUUGGGCUGGCGCCGCAGAGGCCGGUGAGGAGCCGGCGGCCACGCUGCGGAGGGCGCGGGGCGAGGGCGCGGGGCGUCGGGGCGCGCGCGCAUGGAGGCGGCGCCGGUAGCCGCCUGAGGGCAGCGGGGCGAGCCGAGCGGGCCUUCUUGCGCAUCCCUCGAGCCACCUCGCGUUCGCGGCACCCGGCGGCGGCGGGCCGCGGAGCCGGCGCGGCCAUGGCGACGGGCACUCAGCAGAAGGAGAACACGCUGCUUCACCUCUUCGCCGGCGGGUGUGGGGGCACGGUUGGUGCUAUUUUCACUUGUCCACUAGAAGUCAUUAAGACACGGUUGCAGUCUUCAAGAUUAGCUCUUCGGACAGUCUAUUAUCCUCAGGUUCAUCUGGGGACCAUUAGUGGAGCUGGGGUGGUGAGACCAACAUCCGUGACACCUGGACUCUUCCAAGUUCUGAAGUCAAUCUUGGAGAAGGAGGGACCAAAGUCACUUUUUAGAGGCUUGGGUCCAAAUUUGGUUGGAGUUGCGCCAUCAAGGGCUGUGUACUUUGCGUGUUACUCCAAAGCCAAAGAGCAGUUCAAUGGCAUUUUUGUGCCUAACAGCAACCUUGUGCACAUUCUCUCAGCUGGCUCCGCAGCUUUUGUCACAAAUACCUUAAUGAAUCCUAUAUGGAUGGUUAAAACCCGGAUGCAGCUAGAACGGAAAGUGAGAGGCUGCAAGCAGACGAACACGCUGCAGUGCGCGCGCCACGUUUACCAGACCGAAGGCAUCCGUGGCUUCUACAGGGGAUUAACGGCCUCGUACGCUGGUAUUUCCGAAACGAUCAUCUGUUUUGCUAUUUAUGAAAGUUUGAAGAAGUAUCUGAAAGAAGCUCCACUCGCCGCCUCCACAAAUGGGACUGAGAAAAAUUCCACAAGUUUCUUUGCACUUAUGGCAGCUGCUGCGAUUUCUAAGGGAUGUGCUUCCUGCAUCGCUUAUCCACAUGAAGUCAUAAGGACACGGCUCCGGGAGGAAGGCACCAAGUACAAGUCUUUUGUCCAGACCGCUCGGCUGGUCUUCCGGGAAGAAGGUUACCUUGCCUUUUACAGAGGACUCUUUGCUCAGCUCAUCCGGCAGAUACCAAAUACUGCCAUUGUGUUGUCGACCUACGAGUUAAUUGUGUACCUGUUAGAAGACCGUACCCAGUAACAGGCCAGAAAAUUGUGCUCUAGAAUAAAAUUGAAAAACUCUAGAGAAAUUUUUUUUCCAUUGAUGUUUAGAGUGUAUGAGACUAAAAUAAAACAGGAAAGGCCAUAAAAUAUGUGGCCUGUAUCACCCAUUGGACAUUUCCUUUUGGAUUCAUGUUUUCUGGAAGGUUUAAAUUCAUUAACUUUAAUAGUUAAUUAUAACUUUUGUUUUUUUUAACUUGAGAGGAUUCAGCAUUAAGCAGCAGCUAAAUUAAAUCACGCUACUUAAUUUAAGUAUAAAUUUGGUUUGUGUCCUCUUUUAUUCUCACUGUGCUAUAAACUUCCUGUAAAUACAUCAGUGAAACAUGACCCUAGAAAUGCAGAGAAAACCCACAAAAUCAAAAUACAACUUGUUGUUUCAUCUGACACUGCACUGCUGAACAGGUAAGAUGUGUCACAUUUUGGUGGCACUGGGUGGACCAGGAAAGACUUCUAGCCAUUUUUCUUAUCUGUACAUUUCCAAGUCUCAUGCAAGUUAAAAAUUUAAGCCUUCAGGCUGCUGAGUUUAAAAAGUACAACUUUCUGAUGCUAAAUAUUUUGAACUGUAAACAUUUUUCUAAAGUUAUCUUUUGUUCCAAGUUUGAACCAAAGACAGGAGUUUUAAUGAAAUGUUCACCAGUUGUCUUACUCCUGGACCUAUUUCCAGAAAUUAAGCCUGGUCAAGCCCAGGUACCUUGUAAGUGUCAGCUGUGAAUGUGGAGUAGGGUGAAUAAUAGACCUUUCCUGUCAAGGUCUUUAACCCUGCUCUUGGGUCCCUGGCACUGGCAGAGAGGGUUGUGACGGGUUGACCGCCCACCUCCCAGUUCACUUUUGUUCUCACAGGAGGUGUGUUUAAAUACCCUAGUUCAAAAACAAACAAACAAACCUAGGAAUGACAAAUGACCAGAAUUUUAGCCACACCCCAGCACUACCCACUUUUAAAGGAAAUUUAGUAAGGGACGGAAGGCAGGUAAGUGAGAUGGCUUUCCCUUAGCUCUUCCACUGGAAUUUGCUUAGUGUCCGUUGAGGUUAGUUUUCAGUCUGAACAUCUAGAAAGAUACUGGAUUCUAGUAACUGAUGCAUUGUAGUGUCAGAUUCAGAGGCACUGGUGGGGAUGAGAGUAGGAUAUUUUCAAAUUGUAUUUAAAAUGGAGUUUAAUUUUGCUCACCUUUAGGCAUGAAGGUUAGUUGGUGUGCUUGAGCUCACUGGCAGAAUUUGCUUCAACUGUCCACAGCUGUGUAGAAGUCCAAAUAAAUCAUUUUAGUCAAGCAUCAGUGCUUGUAAACCACAUGGCAGCCAAGAGAUUGCUAUUCCAGGAGCUCAGUUUAACUGUUUGAUAGGAUAACUGUUAGCAACAUCUUCCUAUUUUAGUAUUUAUAUUAAAACCUGAAUUUUUCCUCAAGAUCUGAAGGUUUAAAAAUUAGGUUGCUUAAUAUUCUCGAAUUUGGAGUGAGAAUUAUUGGAAAAUAAUUUUCAUUUCUGCAUUCUUGAAUUAAUAAAUUUGAUGCUGACCUAG